AGAGGAAGGGAGGGAUGGGGAGAGAGAGAAGCAUCGAAGAGGGAAAUAGUGUUGUGGCAGCAAAGUGCCAGUGGUAGAAGAAGAAUCCACUUGCUAGUUGCGCACAAAAAAUGUUACUUCAUCACUUCAUUCCUCUUCUAUAGCUUCUUCUCAACUCAAAGUAACAAGUUUACAUAAUCACAACAAAAAUCAUAGAACACUUCUUCCCCACCCACCCUCUCCUUCGAUCAUUGGGUGAGUUACUAUGAGGAGGAACAGUGUUCUGUUAUUGUAUUCUCUCAUUGCACUUGCCGCUUACUUCUCUCUUCGAUUUCAAGCUCAAGCUGCUCCUGCAGGGCCAUUGAUUAACCAUCUUUCUUCACUUCUCAAAUGGACAAGGUCUAGUGCCUCCAAGACGCCAAAUUCAGAUGGGAGUGUUCUUCAAUUUGAGAAUGGCUAUGUAGUUGAGACUGUUGUGGAAGGAAAUGAAAUUGGGGUCAUUCCUCAUAGGAUCCGUGUGUCUGAGGAAGAUGGCGAACUCUAUGCUGUGGAUGCAACCAAUAGCAACAUUGUUAAAAUUACCCCCCCAUUGUCGCAAUAUAGUAGAGGAAGAUUGGUGGCUGGAUCAUUUCAGGGUCACACUGGGCAUGUGGAUGGAAAGCCAAGUGACGCUCGUUUUAAUCAUCCCAAAGGCAUAACCAUGGAUGAUAAAGGGAAUGUUUAUGUUGCUGACACUCAGAAUAUGGCCAUCAGAAAGAUCGGCGAUGCUGGUGUGACAACCAUCGCUGGUGGGAAGUCAACUGUUGCAGGCUAUAGAGAUGGACCAAGUGAGGAUGCUAAAUUCUCAAAUGAUUUUGAUGUUAUAUACGUUAGGCCCACCUGUUCCUUGUUGGUCAUUGAUAGAGGAAAUGCUGCUCUUCGGCAAAUCUCCCUUGAACAGGAGGAUUGUGAUUCUCAAUCAAGUUCAGUUUCCAGUACAGAUAUCCUUACAGUUGUUGGUGCUAUCAUAUUGGGAUAUGCGACGUGCAUGCUUCAGCAGGGAUUCGGUCCUUCGUUCUUCUCCAAAACUGUAGUAUCUCGACCAUCGGAAGGAGAGUUCAAAGCGCACGCAAGCCAUGAGAAAACCAUGCCGAUCCUGGAGAACUCUAAAGAGGAGCCGGGAUGGCCAUCUUUUGGGCAACUUCUUGUUGAUCUUUCUAAGCUAUCCCUUGAAGCAUUGGCUGGUGCAUUCACUCAAUUCAUACCCUCGCGUCUCAAAUCGAACGGCCCCACGAGAGGCCUAACACCACUGAAAGAUCGUCUCAAGAUGCCUGAAGAUGAAGUGCAGCAACCUCCCUUGGUCAAUAGGCAAAGUGCUCCAGCUCCUGCUCCUCUUACUGGAACUCGGCAUCCUGCUACUCCUACAGAACCUCGGCAGGUCCAUACUUCAAGCACAGCUGAGAAACACUCAGAAAUGAAGCCCCGGAAGAUAAAAUCAAGCAGUUCCAAGGAUCCCUCUUUGUCAAGUAAGCAUCAUUCAUCGUCUAAACGAGCCGAGUAUGCUGAAUUCUACGGAUCAACUGAAAUCCCACCGUACACUAAAUCUAAGGUCCCGAAAGAAAGGCCAAGACAUAGGUCACGAGAAAAGAGCGGAGAAGUUGUUUACGGAGCAGUCAGGGCCGAGCCAAAACCGGCCGAGACAAGGACCGUUGAUUACAACAAUCCCAAGUUUGAUCACUACAGUAUGAGGACUAAGUAUGCAUCUGGGGAAGCCUUCCGCUUCAACUCUCAGUAGCAAGUUUUGAAUGGCUUUGUUUUUUAGCUUCUGAUUCUGUUACAAUCAUCCAUUAUUGAGUAUGUGCAAUUGGGCACCUAAAUCUGUCUGUAACUGAAGAUAUAUUAUAUAAGUAAAGAUUCUGUUAUGAGAAAACCAUUGGAGGAUUAAUUGUAACCCUUGUGCUGGAAAAAGAACUAGUAGCAAAAUU